AUGAUUAUAUUUUUAAAACAUGACCGUAAUAAAGGAGAGAUGAUGGAUGAGCUCAAGGAGCAACGACGCACUGUGCUUACAGACGCGCACAUCGAGAAGAUCAUGGGUGCUGUUACCAGCUGGCAGGCAGAAACCACCAGGUGCGCUAGGCAGAGCGAAACUCUCUUUUCUGCCCAGCGGUUCCGAACCGCAGCCUGCGCCUCGAUGUUCCAGGCAGAGUCCCGCAAUCCUCUGAGCCUAGGCGGGUGCUUCCUCGGCGUAGGGCAACCAUACAGGUAUGGCAACAGACUACGACGUACUGACAUAGUGUGUCGCUCUGAGUGCUGGAGGUGUAGCAGGCUUGCGGGAAGUGGAGCAGCCCGUACAGUGUGCGUACUCUUUUUUCACCAAUUGAACAUUACAGGAAGACGGAUAGGUGAAUUUUUGAAUAAUAUUGUAUUAUUUCAGUUCUGGCUACUGUAUCUCGAUUGA